AUGGCCCUUAAAGUGCAACAUUGUAAAUCGGCCGCGGAAUUUUUCAUUAAAUUUAGUUCUGGAAGCAAGGCUUACCUACAAUAUGCGAAAUUGCCAAAUAAUGUUCUUGAUUUUCAACACACUGUGACACCUGAUGAUCAAGCAGGAAAAGGAGUUGCGCGAGUUCUUGUCAAAGAGGGCUUGAAGUAUGCCGCUGAGAACAAUUUCAAGGUAAAACCGACGUGCUGGUAUGUUGCCAAAUACCUCGACAGCGACAAUUCUACUAAAGAAGAGAAGGAGCUCGAUAUUCGCCAUAAAAUAUAA